AUGGAGAAGUGCGAUGAAGGCACAAACCCCUCAACGGGAUGGCAAGUUUUUACCAGUCUUCUGCAGGACAAUGACAACAGGCCCGAUUAUACUCAGGAAAGAGCUGAGGCUAACGAAGUUGCAAGGCGACCACACGCACCACAGCACCGACCGGGGCCCCCCGCGUUUGUGAUGGAACAGGCGGCGCGUCAUGGGUGGGCGGCGUGCAGCGUCCUCGUCCUAUACUUUCUGAUGCCGUUAAACCCUCAGCACUCCGACUCCGCCUCUGAAGAGGUCGGCCUGUUUGCAGAUCGGCAAGAAUGCACAUCCAGUGCAGAUACCCGUGGCUCGGGGGGCUCGUCUUCUCCGUGCUGUGGCUCUCCUCGCGCUGCCGAGGCGAACGGCAAGUUGCUGCAUGCGCUGCAGCAGCAGCAAGCAGAGGACUUCUCCACAGAAGCAGCUGACAAGAACGAGCAACUGAGUCCUGCACAAGGGCCGGCGGAAGUGCUUAUUUCACGGGGUCACGCAGCACAGUAUCUGCGCUGCAGCAAAAACGGCAGGCGAAGUGUCAACGCCUGCAUGCGUCGCUGUUGCCAUUCAGCAGACCAGCAUCACUUCACUACAGAAAGGGAACACGCCACUUCAGCACAUUUUGGAAAAUGGCAAAAGAUUCUCUGGAAGAAGCAGCCGCAUCCGGAUUGUUACGUCGACGAAACCUUCUUGAAUACUCUCAUGAGGAACGCGAACUUGACGCGGUACAUGUACUCAGACCUGUGCAAGUCUACGGUCGUUCUGACGCAGCACUUAAGCUGCAUUUUGAUUUUCUUGCUGGUUUACCGUAUGAUUGUCAAAAGAUCGCUCGCGGCGUCUACCUUAGUUAUUUUCGACGUUGUCUCCCUCCCCCUAGGCUACGCCCUUCGCUGGUCACUUCGACCGGCACCGCGAGCUGCACGUCAGGUCCUUCAAAGCGCAAUUAUUGUUUUUGGUGUUCUGAGGAUUCUCGCGCCCGUGCUUCAGACCCUGACGCAAUCCUUUAGCGACGACACCGUAAUUAGCUUGACAUCGAUUUGCCUGUUGAUUCAUAUCCCCCUCAAUGAUUACUCCUACGUCUACCGGAACCCCGAGACUAUUGACGAGCCUUUGGGGCGCCUCAUGAGUUUAAAUGUGGCCCUUUUUGCAAAUGUUUUGCUCGCAUCUCGCCUGAGCACUUCCACCGAAGUGUUUGCUUUCCUCUUUUUUGGUAUUGAGGUUUUUGCUCUGGCGCCGAUGGCACGCCGUUAUUUGCUGCUGUGGAGUUCGUGGGCCUGCACCUACGUUGUGACUCCUUUCCUCAUUCUACUGACAUCUGCUCUUGUGUAUCUCGAAGGAUCCGGCAGCAAUGUGCUGCUGUACCUCUUGUUGAUGUUCUUCAUUACAUUUGUGGGGCCCUAUUGGCUCAUACGGUCUCAGAAGUAUAAAAACGAAAUUAGCGGGCCCUGGGAUAUACCGUGUGUGAAGAACUACACUUGA